AUAAAUAUGGGUUGUCAGAUGUAAGCCUUGCAUCCUUCAAACUGAUCUGAUUGUAUGUUGUCUAGCUAAACAUACAUAGGUUGUCUACUAAGGAAAUCAAAAGAUGGCAGUACUCUCAAACACUAUGAUGCUCUGUUUUGUCAUGAUUGUGCUGCUGUCUGUCACUGUGGAGGCAAAAACCAGGCAUUACAAUUUCACUAUAAGACUCAAGAAUUAUACACGUUUAUGCCACACAAAGCCCAUUGUGACAGUGAAUGGGAAGUAUCCAGGACCAACUAUAUUUGCAAGAGAGGGUGACACAGUGCUAGUCAAUGUUACCAAUCAUGUGAAAUACAAUGUCACAAUACACUGGCAUGGAAUCAGACAGUUAAGGACUGGGUGGGCUGAUGGGCCUGCAUACAUCACACAGUGCCCUAUUCAGACCCGCCAAAGCUUUGUAUACAACUUUACAAUCACUGGGCAAAGAGGCACACUAUUCUACCAUGCCCACAUUCUAUGGCUACGUGCAACGUUGCAUGGCCCCAUUGUCAUCUUGCCAAAGAAACAUGUGCCAUAUCCUUUCCCCAAGCCUCACAAGGAAGUCACCCUGAUUCUAGGGGAAUGGUGGAAUGCAGACACAGAAGCUAUAAUAAAUCAGGCUAUGAAAUCAGGAGGAGCCCCAAAUGCAUCAAAUGCUCACACCAUUAAUGGGAAGCCAGGGCCUCUCUUCAAUUGUUCCACUAAAGAUACUUAUGCUUUGGCUGUAGAGCCUGAUAAAACCUACCUUCUUCGAAUAAUCAACGCUGCGCUUAAUGAUCAAGUCUUCUUCAGCAUAGCAAACCAUCAUUUAAAAGUGGUAGAAACUGAUGCAGUAUACACAAAGCCAUUCGAAACCAAGGCCAUAGCCAUUUCCCCUGGCCAGACAACAAAUGUUCUCCUCGACACAAGCAAGAAAACAGGGAGAUAUUUCAUGACAGUCAGAGCAUUCCAGGAUGCCCCCAUUGCGGUCGAUAACUUGACCUCAGCCGGCAUACUCCAAUACAUUGGAACACCCAAUACCUCCAACCCCAUAAUGCCUGUAAUCCCUAAGAUAAACGACACUUCUUUCUAUACCAAUUUCAGCAGUUCAAUCAAAAGCUUGAACUCUGCAGAAUUCCCUGCAAAUGUUCCACAGACAGUAGACCGUAAUCUGAUGUUCACAAUAGGACUUGCAUUGGAUAAAUGCUCAACUUGUGUUAAUGGCAGCCGUGCAUCUGCUUCAAUUAACAAUGUAAGCUUUGUCAUGCCCACAAUUGCUCUUCUGCAGGCACAUGUUAACAACAUCAGUGGUGUCUUCACCAAAGAUUUCCCAGACAAUCCACCCGUGACCUUCAAUUUCACAGGCACACCACCAAAGAAUCUCUUCACAUCCAAAGGAACAAGACUCACUAGUUUAAAAUACAAUUCAACUGUGCAGUUGGUGCUUCAGGACACCAGCAUUCUGACCGUGGAUAACCAUCCAGUCCAUCUCCAUGGCUUCAAUUUUUUCAUUGUUGGAACAGGUUUUGGUAACUACAACCCAAAGACGGACCAAGCUAACUUCAAUUUGGUAGACCCUCCAGAGCGUAAUACUGUGGGAGUGCCAACAGGUGGGUGGACUGCUAUCCGGUUCAGAGCAGAUAAUCCAGGAGUGUGGUUCAUGCAUUGUCAUCUGGAAGUGCACACAACGUGGGGACUGAAGAUGGCAUUUGUGGUGGAGAAUGGAAAUGGGCCCGAACAAUCCGUAUUGCCUCCUCCAGCGGACCUCCCGAAAUGCUAAAUUCACAUGCAGAUGAACAACUUUUUGACUAGCAUAUUUUGACUUAAGGCUAAAGUAUGAUGUGAUUAUUUAUCCAUGGUUGAAGCAGUGAGAGUUUCUGAUCUCCAAAAGGGAUUUUGCAAUAAUCCAAUGAUUUCCAAUAAAUUUUGAAUCGUUGUUCAUGGUGGCAAUGACAAAAGUAUGUCAUUUCGGUAGAAGUUUUAACUUCGUCCUUUGUUUCCACACCCACAGUGGAAAAAAUGUAAUGGGCCAUGAUCUAUGAUCUAUAGCUCUGCUAUGUAAUUUCUUUGUUAAUAGAUUUUAAUGUAUUAUUUUUGCUUCCGA